UAUGAUGUGGUAAUUGUGCUGUAUUGUUUUUUAUAAAAAGGGACAGGAAAAAUGGUCAAGUGUUAGAAUUACAGACUCGAAAAAGAAUUCAAUGAAAGUAGAAAAUCAUGUCUCCAUACAUUCAAAUUUGAACUUGAAUGGUUUGUGUCCCGCGGAACAGAAAGUUGGCAUUGGAAAAGAGGUGCUGUCUCUAGGAGCAGAUGUGCUACCAGAAUAUAAACUACAAAGUCCUAUGGUUCAUAAAUGGACAAUUCUUCAUUAUUCGCCUUUUAAGGCAGUGUGGGAUUGGAUCAUUCUUCUCCUUGUUAUGUAUACAGCAAUCUUUACGCCCUACUAUGCUGCUUUUCUGCUCAACGAACCGACUGAUAGGCGCAAUAAUAAGCGAAAGAGCACCUCCUUUGGUGAUGAUUAUCUUCAGGUAGUAGACUUGAUAGUUGAUGUAACGUUUGUGAUAGAUAUUCUAAUAAACUUUCGUACAACAUUCGUGAACGGUCAGGAUGAAGUCGUAUCGCAUCCAGGACGGAUUGCAAUCCAUUAUCUGACCGGAUGGUUUCUCAUAGACUUAGUGGCAGCCAUUCCAUUUGAUUUGUUGUUAAUGGGAAGUGGUAGUGAUGAGCUAGGCCUGAGCAAGGACGAGACUACAACUCUGAUCGGAUUGUUGAAAACAGCACGUUUACUUCGACUCGUGAGAGUUGCUAGGAAAAUUGAUAGAUAUUCAGAAUAUGGAGCUGCUGUUCUGGUAUUAUUGAUGGCAACCUUCGCUCUCAUAGCUCAUUGGCUCGCCUGCAUUUGGUACGCUAUCGGGCACGCUGAAAGAGGAAACGGACAAGGGACAACAUAUGGAUGGCUUGAUGCGCUCUCUGAACAAAUCAACAGACCGUAUGUAAACGGCACUGCUGAUGGUCCCUCGAUACAGUCGCGUUAUGUAACAGCAUUAUACUUCACGUUCACAUCGUUAACGUCUGUUGGCUUUGGAAAUGUUGCACCGAACACAGACGCAGAAAAAAUAUUUACAAUAUGCGUCAUGCUAGUUGGAUCUCUAAUGUAUGCUAGCAUCUUUGGUAAUGUUUCUGCCAUUAUUCAACGUCUAUAUUCCGGUACUGCUCGUUAUCAUACACAAAUGCUUCGUGUACGAGAGUUUAUUAGAUUUCAUCAGAUUCCAAAUCCGCUUCGUCAAAGAUUAGAAGAAUAUUUCCAACAUGCUUGGACAUACACGAAUGGAAUCGAUAUGAACUCAGUUUUAAAAGGAUUUCCUGAGUGCUUACAAGCCGAUAUUUGCCUUCAUCUUAAUCGGAAUUUGCUAGAUAGUUGUUCGGCAUUCGAGGGCGCUUCACCCGGUUGUUUACGUGCGUUAUCGUUGAAGUUUAAAACCACUCAUGCUCCUCCCGGUGACACUUUGGUACACAAGGGUGAUGUCUUAACGUGUCUUUAUUUCAUUGCUCGUGGGUCGAUAGAAAUACUGAAGGAUGAUGUCGUUAUGGCAAUUUUGGGAAAAGAUGAUAUUUUUGGAGAAAAUCCGUGCAUUCAUUCAACUCUUGGCAAAUCUAAUAGCAACGUACGAGCUUUGACUUAUUGCGAUUUACAUAAAAUUACUCGCGAUGAUAUGCUCGACGUUCUUGAUUUAUUUCCUGAAUUCUAUGACAGUUUCGUUAAUAAUUUGGAAAUAACUUUUAACAUGCGAGACGAGGAACAAGCUGGCGUAGAACUAAGAAAUAGAUACAUAAAUAUGGUGAGAUCGAACUCGCAAGACCGUAAUAGUGAUACUAGAUCAAUUAGAGCAGCAACGAGUGUCCACCCUCCAAUUCAUCAAUUUCAUCGACCGUUCCCCCAUCAUUCCCAGACAGUUAGUAAACACGAAUCGCACGAUAGGCAUUCGGUGGGGCAGAUAAGUGAAAACAUGGAAUACAACGACGAUAGGAAAUAUUCAAUAUCCGGUAUUGUAACACAAAUUAAACGAAGCAUUCCUGAUCUAAGAGCAAUAAAGCAUCAGCCACUUGAGAAUUGUUGUGUGACACCAACAGCAAGUCCGAAAGGAUCUUACAGACGAAGUGCUUCGGAGGAACAACAGCCAAGAGACACAAUCACUUUGAGUGCUGUGAGUCAACAUGAUUGUGGUUGUGGUGUAAAAGAUCGAUCAAAAGAAGCGAGUAUCAAAAGUAGCAGUCCAGAGGAUGACAGCUUUCAACAUGCACCAACGUCAUAUUGUCCAAAAGCUAACGAUAAAGAGCAAGCAGCAGCAUCAUACCAACCGUCCGAACAUAGCGAUUUCUCUUUCGACAAUUUAAGUACAACAACAGACAACAACACAAAACAACCCCACUCACUUCCACCACCCGCACAAUUACAACAGCAGACACAGUCAAGAAAUGUGCAACGUUCCGUGUCACAACCUGAGUGUGCAGAUAGCAAUGAUAAAAGCUUGUUUAGGUGCUCGAAAUUCUCUUCUUUCAAUCAACCAAUGGACGAUGCAGCAGAGAAUUGGAAUAUUUUUGCACCUAUAGCGAAACUAGAAUCUCUCGAUGAAAUUGAUCAAGAAAACAAACAUUCCGAAAAUGAAUCCCCCGAUCCAGAAUAAAUAUUUAAGUAAUUUUAGUAACUCGUUUUGCUUUUUCUAAUCAUCGACAAAAGACAUACCUACAUAAAUUGUUAUGCUUAUUUUGUUAUUAGAUUUAUGUUUUCAACGGAAAAUUUAUCUUAUCUUGUGUAAUUAAGACAACGUGCUUAUUUCUCAAAAACAAAAAAAAGAAACAACAUAAAUUAUAUGAA